AAAAGGGAGGGAACGGUCCUCAGACGGCCACUAGUGUAGUUGACUCUCUCUCACGACAAUAUCGUUCACAAGGAGAGUCUCCACUACGCUUUUUGAUACAGGAUGUCGUGGCGUACUUUACUUUUUCUCGCGUGGGUCGCAGUGGCAAUAAAUUGCGAAGUUCCAGAUUUCGUCGGACCCCAAAGUCCUCUGGAUGAAGAGACCAAUUCGGCGUUAAAUCUUCCAGAAGAUUCCCCUAAUAAGAAAGCAUGGAAAGAUUUAACAACCGCCUGGGGUAAGCGAGGAUGGAAAGACCUCCCGGCGACGGGUUGGGGAAAACGAGGCUGGCAAGAUCUUCAAUCGGCAUGGGGGAAAAGGGGUUGGACAGAUUUAAAUUCCGGCGGUUGGGGCAAGCGAGGCUGGCAGGACCUGAAUUCCGGCGGCUGGGGCAAGCGAGGCUGGCAGGACCUGAAUUCCGGCGGCUGGGGCAAGCGAGGCUGGCAGGACCUGAAUUCCGGCGGCUGGGGAAAAAGGGGUUGGCAGGAUUUACAAGCUCCAGCAUGGGGAAAACGGGAAGAAAAAAGUCUUGACGAGAAAGAAAGUGAAGGAGAGGAUGCAAAGAGGUCGUGGGUUUCACUCCAUAGUGGUUGGGGAAAACGAGCAGCAGAUUGGGGAAGUUUUAGAGGCUCAUGGGGCAAGAAAGAUCCAGCAUGGCAAAACCUAAAGGGCCUCUGGGGCAAAAGAAACUAUAAUGGAUUCAUGGAACCAUAUGACCCAGGUUACAACACUCUUGAUGAGGAAGGAAGGAGAGCAAAAUAAAUUGACCAGUAUACAAAUCCUUCACUCCCUCUAUAAUGUACCCCCUUAAUAAACUAAUAAAACUCUAAUUAACAUUUAUUAUACUACAGACAAAAUAAACAUUUAAAGGCUAAUAAUUGUGUGUGUAAAUAAAUGUAAGUAGAAUACAUAAAAGAAAAAAUCUACAAAUGCCAUUACUGUGGUUUAAGAAGGUAUGUAUUAGAAGAAAAAGAAAAAAUAAUAAUAUUUUUGUGGUUCUAAAUUGCAAACAAUUAUUUUUAUGUGCAGCAUCAAUCCAUUCCUCGACAGUACUAAUAAAAUUACUUGAUAAAUA